AUGGACCAACCCACAAUUCGCAUUUCCUUAGCCGAACCUACAAACUCCAGUCUCAAGUCAAAACAAUACAUUGAAAAGAAAUCUAGCAUCAUUAUUGUGGUCAAUAAUGAACCUCAAGACUCUUCCUCAAGUUCAAGUUCUUCCCAACAGUAUCUCCCUCUACGAUAUGCACAACGAGUAGCAGGAUUACUAUGGAAGUUUGCCAAGUUCACCGGCCCUGGUGCUAUCAUCAGCGUAGCAUAUAUCGAUCCCGAUAACUACCAGUCAGACCUAACAGCAGGUGCAAAGUUCGAGUAUAAAUUGCUUUGUGCGGUGGCAUUUUCUAAUCUUGCACUCUCAACAAAGCUAGGAUGCGUAACUGGUAUGGACUUGGCUCAGAUGAACAGAGCUCAUUUACAUCCUUGGUUGAAUAUUGCUUUGUGGAUUCUAGCAGAAGGUGCAAUUAUAUGUACUGAUAUUGGACAAGUGAUCGGUACAGCCAUUGCACUCAAUUUACUCAAUCCUAAGAUCACUCUAAUAGCUGGAUGUGUGAUCUCCGUUUCAGACACUCUUUUUAUCUUGUUAUUUUAUAAGCCAGAUGGCUCGAUACGACGUCUACGGAUUUUCGAAAUGUUCAUCUCGGUAUUCGUCGUGGCUAUUUUUGUUAUGUUCUGUAUAGAAAUUUCUUUUAUUACGGCUCCCGCGAAUGAAGUUUUCAAAGGUCUACUUCCCUCCAAAACGAUAUUCGUGGGUCAAGGACUCUUCCAAUCCUGCGCCAUUUUAGGCGGAAACAUCAUGCCUCAUACAAUCUACCUCGGAUCCGGUCUCGUCCAAGCCCGAAUGCGUGAAUUCGACCACAAAAAUGAAAAAUACCACGAAGUCCGUACAUCCAACGCGAGAUUCGCAAUCAUGCUCUAUCGACCCACCCUCUCUGCUAUCAAAUCAUGCAUGUCCUACACAAUUGCCGAACUGUGCAUAACUCUCUUCAUCGUAGCCAACUUCGUUAAUUCCGCCAUCCUCAUCGUCGCUGCGGCAAGUCUCUCUGAAGAAAAUCAAAAUGCGGAUUUACCAGGUAUGUAUCAACUUUUCGUAGACACGAUCGGUCAAGCUGCAGGAACCAUCUUCGCAGUAGGAUUGCUAUUCUCGGGAAUCAGUGCGGGGAUUGUAGCGACGAUGGCGGGACAGCUUAUUUGUGAGGGUGCGAUGGAUUGGCGUUUAUCGCCGUUUGUGAGGAGAUUGGUCACGAGGUGCAUUUCGAUUGUUCCGGCUGUGGUUGUUGCGGCGGCGGCGGGUCAGAGGGGUUUGGCGAAGGCGUUGAUGGUCGGGAAUGUGGUGUUGUCUGUUUCGUUGAUUUUUGUUACGGCGCCGUUGGUUUGGUAUACGAGUGCUGAGAGGUUUAUGAGGGUUGGGGUGGAGGAUGGGGAUGGGGUUGUGGGGAUGGGGUCGGGUAUUGUGGGGGGUAGAUUGAGGGAUGCGGACGCUAGGGAGGAUGGAAGGGGUGACGCUGGGAUAACUGUCAGUUUGGCUAAUGGGUGGCUGGUCACUGGGGUGGGUUGGUUGCUUUGGUUUGUGGUUGCUGGGAUGAAUUUUGCGCUUUUGACGUUUUUGGGGUUGGGAAUUGGAGGGGAUGAUUAG